GAACAGCUGUUUUGUAUUGUUAUGCGUGUGUUUCGUCAGAUCUACAACAAAUACGAAAUUGACAAUGUCGAAAUUACUUUCUUACGCCGCAAAAAAUACUUUGCGUAAUACACGUCUGAGCGCUAGUCAAAUAUCGCAAUGUGCGGCCAGAGAUUUUAUGCACAUGCCGCCGGCGACUUCGGCAGGCAAAACUUAUUCAACGCCAUCGCUUGUAGGUAAACAAUCGUUGCUACAGCAGCCAUUGGUCGGAAUUCCCCAGGGAAUGGGACAACAGCUGUCAAAGCGCAGCAUGUUCAUUCAGACGCAGGACACACCGAAUCCCGAUAGCUUAAAGUUUUUGCCGGGCAUCGAGGUUCUGGGCAAAGGAAAUACUUAUGAUUUCCCCAGUGCCACAACAGCUCACUCUAGUCCAUUGGCAAAAUUAUUGUUUCGUGUGGAAGGUGUUCGUGCCGUAUUCUUUGGAGCUGAUUUUAUAACCAUAUCCAAGGAGGAGGGCGGUGAAUGGGGCAUUAUAAAACCAGAAGUGUUUGCUAUCAUUAUGGAUUUCUUUGCCAGCGGUUUACCCAUUUUACACGAAGCCCGUCCCAAUGCGGAUACGGAAAUCUACGACGAUGAUGACGAAACGGUCAUGAUGAUUAAGGAAUUGUUGGAUACACGUAUUCGACCCACGGUGCAGGAGGAUGGUGGCGAUAUCGUCUUUAUGGGCUAUGAAAAUGGCAUUGUCAAGUUAAAGAUGCAGGGCUCGUGUUCGUCCUGUCCCAGCUCCAUUGUCACCCUCAAGAAUGGUGUACAAAAUAUGCUGCAAUUCUAUAUACCCGAAGUAGAGUCCGUGGAACAGGUCUUUGAUGAUGCAGACAAAAUGGCAAAUAAGGAGUUUGAACGAUUCGAAAAGAGUUUGAAGCAAAAGGAACAGCCAAACGCUCCUGUUAGCAUCGGUGGUAAUCAAAAUUAGUUCGAUUUUCUUUGUUUAAUUGUUUUUAUGAUUAUAUUACUAGUAGAUCUACAGUUACAGCAUAAACUUGUGUACAGUUAGCAAUGGCUUAAAAAUUCAAAAAAGGCAAAUAAAUAAUACAGCUAUA